GUUCAGUAAAAUCUGAAUCUGUUUAAUCCAGAUUACCAACACUGCAGAGUAAACAAAUCAAAUCAGACUUCAUGGCCUCCAGAGAAAUCAUGGUGUCUGAACUGAGAAUAAUUCUCAUGGGGGACAACAGCUCAGAGAUCAGCAGAGUGGGGAACUUCAUCCUGGGCAGAGAAGCGUUUAAAACAGAAACUCUGCCUUCAGUAAAGCAGCUCAGUGAGAGAGCUGCAGGAAUGGUGGAGGGAAGAUACAUCACCCUCAUCAACGCACCUCACCAACUUAAUCCUAAAGACACACUGGAUCAGAUCACAGAGCAGAUUAAAGAGUCUCUGUAUCUCUGUGCUCCUGGACCUCACAUGUUUCUACUGGUACUGUCCAGAACAUUAAAGAAAGAGGAUCAGGAUAGAAUCAAAAACAGCCUGACCUCAUACAGUCCCUGGUUUAUGAAGUACACUAUUGUUUUAACUCCAGAUGAAGAUGUUAAUUACCGUGCUGCUGCUCAAGCCCAGAAGGGAAGUAAUCCAUCCUUGCAUCUCAUCAUCGGAAAAUCUGAGAGAGAUCGUAAAGUGCAGGUGCUGAGUCUUUUGGAGAAGAUCGAGCAGGUGGUGAAAUCUAACAGUGGAGGAUACCUGACCUAUGACACUAAUGAACUGCUUAAAAAAGUUAAAAAGAAGCUGCCGAUCAAACGGGAAGAUCUUCCAUCGAAAACCGUAAAACGUGUGAGAAUGGUUCUGCUGGGGAAGAACAGCUCAGAGAUCAGCAGAAUGGGGAACUUCAUCCUGGGAAGAGACGCGUUUGAUACUGAGGCUCCGCCCCCUUCAGUAGAGCAGCACAGUGAGAGAGCUGGAGGAAUGGUGGAGGGAAAAUACAUCACUCUCAUCAACACACCUCACCUGUUCGAUCCUCAGCUCCCCCUGACCACAAUACACAGCAGAGUGAGAGAGUACCUGGCUCUGUGUUCUCCUGGACCUCAUGUUUUUGUACUGGUGCUACAGUCUGAUGGAUGCACAUCGAGGGACAGGGAACAGAUCAGAAUCAUUCUCAACAGUUUCUCUGAUACAGCGUUAAAACACACCACAGUGAUAACACAGAAACAAGGCACUGGCACGGAUCCGCACGAGCUGAAUAAGCUCAUACAAGAGAUUAAGAAAUGCGGAGGCCAGCAUUUUCAGUUAGACACAGGCGGUAAUCCCUCUGAUCUGGUAAAGGCAGUGGAAAAAUUGGUGCAAAAGAAUAAGAAGGGUUAUGUAAAGGACAGUGCAAUGGAAGAGUCAUCUUAUGAGAAAGACCAGAAGAAGCAGACUGGAGGGGUGGUGCACCUGACACCAAGCAUAGCCCCUAAGACCAAAGCACGGUCUGAGAGGCUGAAUCUGGUCCUGUGUGGGAGUAACAGAGUGCUGAAGUUCUCCAUAUCAGAUCUGAUACUGGGUCAGAGAGAGCUUAGAUCAGAGUCCAGAUCAGUGUGUGUGAAAAGGGAAGCAGAAGUAUGUGGACGUCUGAUCACCCUGGUGGAGCUUCCAGCUCUCUACAGCUCUCAGCUCUCAGAGGAGGAAGUGAUGCAGGAGACUUUCUGCUGUGUCUCUCUCCUGGAGUUCACGCUUUUCUCCUCGUCCUCCCUGAGGGACGUCUCACUGUCGAAGAUAAAGGAGAACUGGAGAAGAUCCAGAACAUCUUUGGAUCAAAAUUCAAUGAUCACACUGUAGUGCUGAUCACUCAGCAUCCUCAGAACAAACCGCUGGAUGGGGCUGUCACGACUGUGAUAAAAGACUUUGGAGAACGGCGGCUGUUCUUU